GCCUAAGAUUCAAUCGGUAGAAGGACUUGGAACGUUCGAAUUCCGGAAAAGACCACUUGGCCACAGGUGCAAAGUGGCGGGACACCCCUUGUGGGUACUCCGGACAGCGAUUGAUGGCCCAAGCUUCAGACUGGAACUCAUCACUCACUCACUGCAUCAUCAGUGGAUUGCCUAAUGUUAGCUCGACUUCCAGCUCUAAAUCAACUCACCUGCGAACACAUCACUUUCACAAUCACAACCUCCCCCAUCUCCGAAUCCUCUUUCCGUCCAUCAUAAAUCCUUAGCGAUUUUCUGCCGGGCGUGAAAAUCAUUCACAUCGCAUUCCUGCGCUUUUUCUUGAUAUUUGCGCCGUCCAAUAUCAAAGCCCACUCCUUCCAUUUCUAGUUUCACCACGUCCACCUCACCCACCCCAUCCAUUCACAUAGACUCUCUCCCCCUCGGUACACAGUCAUCAUGGCUCCCCAGGACAAGAAGAAGGUCAACUUGGCCGACGUCUCCGGCGCUGAGCCCAAGGAAGAGAACGAUGUCUCAACCGCCAUUCUCAAGAAGAAGAAGAAGCCCAACCAGUUGAUGGUCACCGACGCCACCAACGAUGACAACUCGAUCAUCGCCCUGUCAAACAACACGAUGGAGGAGCUCCAGCUUUUCCGUGGUGACACAGUCCUCGUCCGAGGAAAGAAGAGGAAGGACACUGUCCUGAUCGUCUUGGCUGAUGACGACCUCGACGACGGGGCCGCUCGCAUCAACCGAGUCGUCCGUCACAACCUGAGGGUCAAGCAUGGUGAUAUCAUCACUGUCCACCCCUGCCCCGAUAUCAAAUACGCCAAGAGAAUCGCCGUCCUGCCAAUCGCUGAUUCAGUCGAGGGCAUCACCGGCUCCCUCUUCGACGUUUUCCUCGCACCCUACUUCAGAGAAGCAUACCGACCGGUUCGACAGGGUGAUCUCUUCAUUGUUCGCGGCGGUAUGAGGCAAGUUGAGUUCAAGGUGGUGGAGGUAGAUCCUCCCGAGUACGGUAUCGUUGCACAAGACACAGUCAUCCACUGCGAAGGAGAUCCCAUCCAGCGCGAGGACGAGGAGAACAACCUGAACGAGGUUGGCUACGACGACAUUGGUGGCUGCCGGAAACAGAUGGCUCAGAUCCGUGAAAUGGUCGAGCUGCCCUUACGCCACCCCCAACUUUUCAAGUCCAUUGGUAUCAAGCCCCCGCGAGGUGUCUUGCUCUACGGUCCUCCUGGUACCGGUAAGACACUCAUGGCGCGAGCUGUAGCCAACGAGACUGGUGCUUUCUUCUUCCUGAUCAACGGUCCCGAAAUCAUGUCCAAGAUGGCUGGUGAGUCCGAGUCGAAUCUCAGAAAGGCUUUCGAGGAGGCCGAGAAGAACUCACCCGCUAUCAUCUUCAUUGAUGAGAUCGAUUCCAUCGCUCCCAAGCGUGACAAGACCAAUGGUGAAGUCGAGCGCCGUGUUGUCUCCCAGCUUCUCACUCUCAUGGACGGUAUGAAGGCUCGAUCCAACGUUGUUGUCAUGGCUGCCACCAACCGACCCAACUCCAUCGAUCCAGCCCUGCGACGAUUCGGCCGUUUCGAUCGUGAGGUCGAUAUUGGUGUCCCUGACCCCACCGGCCGCCUCGAGAUUAUCCAGAUCCACACCAAGAACAUGAAGCUUGGUGACGAUGUCGACUUGGAGCAGAUUGCCGCCGAGACCCAUGGUUACGUUGGUUCCGAUAUCGCUGCUCUUUGCUCUGAGGCUGCCAUGCAACAGAUCAGAGAGAAGAUGGACCUCAUCGAUCUUGAUGAGGACACCAUCGACGCUGAGGUCUUGGACUCUCUUGGUGUCACUAUGGAGAACUUCCGAUUCGCCCUCGGUACUUCCAACCCCUCGGCUCUUCGCGAGGUGGCUGUUGUCGAGGUUCCCAACGUUCGCUGGGAAGAUAUUGGUGGUCUCGAUCAAGUCAAGCAGGAACUUCGUGAGCAGGUCCAGUACCCCGUCGACCAUCCCGAGAAGUUCCUCAAGUUCGGUCUUUCGCCGUCCCGUGGUGUCUUGUUCUACGGUCCUCCUGGUACGGGUAAGACUAUGUUGGCUAAGGCUGUUGCCAACGAGUGUGCUGCCAACUUCAUUUCCGUCAAGGGUCCUGAGUUGCUCAGCAUGUGGUUUGGUGAGUCGGAAAGCAACAUUCGAGACAUCUUCGACAAGGCUCGUGCUGCCGCGCCCUGUAUCGUCUUCUUGGAUGAGUUGGACUCCAUUGCCAAGGCCCGUGGUGGCUCUGUUGGUGACGCUGGCGGUGCUUCUGACCGUGUCGUCAACAUGCUUUUGACUGAAAUGGACGGUAUGACUUCCAAGAAGAACGUCUUCGUCAUUGGUGCUACCAACAGACCUGAGCAGCUUGACCCUGCUCUGUGCAGACCUGGUCGUCUAGACUCCUUGAUCUACGUUCCUCUGCCCGACGAGGAGGGUCGUCUCGGAAUUCUUUCCGCUCAGCUCCGAAAGACACCUGUGGCCAAGGAUGUCGACCUCAGAUUCAUUGCAUCGAAGACUCACGGCUUCUCUGGUGCUGAUUUGGGCUUCAUCGCGCAGCGUGCUGCCAAGAUUGCCAUCAAGGAGGCGAUCGCCAACGACAUUGCCCGCAGCAAGGAGCGUGAGGCUGCCGGUGAUGACAUGGAUGUCGAUGAUGAGGUCGAGGACCCUGUUCCCGAGCUUACCAAGCGACACUUUGAGGAGGCUAUGCAGAUGGCUCGCAAGUCUGUUGGCGAUGUUGAGCUCCGCCGGUACGAGGCCUUUGCUCAACAAAUGAAGAACGCCGGCCCCGGUGCUUUCUUCAAGUUCCCUUCCAGCGGCGGUGAAGGCGAUGCUGCCACGGGUAGCAACGACUUCGGCAAUGCUGGCGAGGACGAUGGUCUGUAUGACUAAUUUACGACUACAUGACAACCAAUAUCUGUGUACUCUAAUUUCAUUGCGGCCACUGCGGCGGGGGCAUCUGGGGGGGAACCAUAGAGGCGAAGCUAGUGGUGGUAAUACCGAAUCCGCUGCGAAUUGGCGGUCAGCAAGCAGGACGACUGUGUUGUUCCCUGCUCUCAUGGGAACACAUUUCUGAUACUCGCUGUGUCAUGGGAAUUUCGCCUUGCAUAGGACUCAUUUUGCAGUUCAUGGAAACGUUACGAUAGAUCUGAUAAAAAGGUUCUCUAGAUUUUGAUUGACUAUAUUACUAUGUGA